AAACAAAAAUAUCAAAAUGGAAGAACAUUUAAAAAUAAUCUCUAUGAUACAAGUAUACAAACAAAACAUAUAAAUGCAAUUGAACAUAAAGGUAUAUGCGAACAUUGUAAAUCAGUACUUGAAUGGAGAGUACAUUAUAGAAAAUAUAAACCAUUAACACAAGCGAAAAAAUGUGUUCGUUGUCUUCAAAAAAACAUCAUUCGUGCUUAUUAUGUUCUUUGUGAUGAUUGUGGUGCAAAAGAAAAUCUUUGUUGCAAAUGUGGUGAAAGUCAAGAUACAACUAUUGAACGACCUGUUCCAGCUGUUGAAGAAGAGCGUGAACAAGCUGAAUUUGAAACUGAUAUUAAAUUUCUUCGAGAAAGACAAAGACGUAAAUUCAAUCGUUUAGUGAAACAAGGAAUGUCAGGUGAAGAAGCUUUAGCACAACUUAAUGUUCCUUCAAAUAAAAAAUCGAAUGCAGGCGGAGAAGAUGACGAUGAUGAUGAUGAUGAUGAGAACUAUGAAGAUGACGAUUCCGAUUUUGAUGAUGACGACGAUGAAGAAGAAGAAGAAUAA